GGCUCGAGCCGUCUCGGUUCAGCAGGCUCGAGCUCUCUCGGUUCGCCUCAGGUUGCGCUGACCUCGAGCUUCAGCGAAAUCGGAGGGGCCAGUCCAUGCCCGCGAUGGCCUCUGCGAAGGAGCGUCUCGUGGAGGGUCUCCGCAGGCUGGACCCCGGCGGCACCGGCCGUCUGCCCCGCCCGGUCUUCGAGGGCGUGAUGCGCAACGUGUGCCGGGCGAGCCCCGCCGGGCCGGAGUCCUUGGACCUCGCGCUGGCCCGCGCGGGCGUCGGCGACGACGUCCGGUACGAGGAUUUCCUCGCGUGGGUCUACGAAGAGUCCGCGGAGGAGCAACCCUCCGCGGCGACUACGCAUUCUCAGAAUGCCGAGCUCUCGGAGUGCGUGGAGGCGGCGAAGCAGAAGUUGGACUCCGAGGCUGGCGUCGCGCCUGGGCAGGAGACGUGGACGACCCAGAAGUGGUUGGGCACCUCCCUGACGAGCCCCAUCGUUGCCGACGCGCUCAACUCCCCGAUCGCCCCUGACACGGAUCCUGCGCUGCAGCUGUUGUUCAUGAAGUCUUUGGCGGAGAAGGGCAAUCGGGACAUGGUACUGGACCUGCUGCGGAGCAAGGCCGUGCUUGAGUCCAUGGCGGACAAGAUCUGGGGCGAGCUACAGGUUCUCAAGGACGCGACCGCUGUUACUGCAGAAGAGUUGAACGGAAAGUUUGCCCAAGACGCCAAAUUCACAAUGGCGUUCGGUGGUCUGAACGUUUUCUACGGUGGCCUGGAAGCCCUAAUCGGUUCGCCCAGCGCCAGAGUGCUGGAGGCCAUGGUGCACGAGCACUGCGAGGAGAAGGACUCGUCCAAGGAGUUUACGACAGGCAACUAUGGCGUCACUACUACAUCAAAGGCGGAGUGGCUAUUCGUAGCAAAUCCGGAGGGCGGGCCUGAGCAGGUCGGCUUGCAACAGUGGCCAAGGGAGCAGAAGUUGGUGGAUUCGGGCGACAUCGCGAAAUGCCGACAAGUGCGUACCUCAGCAGAGCUGGACUUCAUCUUGAAGGACCUCAAUUCGAAACUAAAGAAUGCCGAGCAAGCGACACUGAUGCGAGAGGAGAUGGUCGGCGGCGUGCUCUACACCGGCCCACUGUUCGUAAAGUACAACGCAGUGAACCGCGGCGGGGCCAUCAACGUGGAGCAGGGCGACUACGCCAAGAAGCAGUUCCAGAAGACUUGCCUGGGCAACCGAUACGUGACCACGAUCCACGCCAUCAAUUCUUGCCUCCUGAAGCUCAGCAAACUUCAAAAGGCGGUCACGGUGUACCGAGGCUUCUCCGGUGGAGUGUUGCCCAAAGAGUUCUGGGAGGAGAAUCGGGAUGGCGUGCGUGGCGGGAUCGAGUUCGGGUUCAUGAGCACCACCGUGGAGAAGCAGGUCGCACUUUCGUAUGCACAAGGAGGCGUCAGCACAGUGCUGGAGAUCCAGAUGGGCAUGGUCGACCGGGGUGCAGACCUCUCUGUGCUUUCUCAGUACCCUCAUGAGAGGGAGAUAUGUUUCGCUCCAUUGACAGGGAUCGAAAUCGUGUCUGGUAGGGUGGAGGCCUCGGUGCUCAUCGUGCAGACGCGCCUGAGCGUGAAUUUGACCGCUCUCACGAUCGAGCAGGUGAUCGCCAAGCGGAAGCGGGUCAUGGAGGAGAUGCUGGAGAAUUUGAAGCGCGAGGUUGUCCAGAGUCUCGCCGGUGUCUCCUGGCAGGCCCUCUUCAACGAGCUGGGCGAGGGCAAGGCCUUCCAACUCUUGGUGGAGCAGCACGCGUGCGACGAGCUCGACCGAGCGUUCACCGCCAGUGCCGAGAAGGACUUCAACAAGGAUGACGUCUUCCAGAACGCCGUGCGAGCGUUCCUAGGCGUGUCUGGGGCGGUCCAGCAUCAGCAGGCGGACUUGCUGGAGGUGCUCGCUGACAAGUCGCAUGGCGCCACGGCUGCGAAGCUCCAGGAGCGGGCCGCUGUGUUCCGGGACGACGAGAUGGUGAUGCAGGCUCGAUCCCGCGCCCGCUCGCUGGCCGGACGGGCUCGGGCGCCGAGUCGCCUCAGAGGGCGACCUGGACCUAUGACUGAACAACACUCUUGGUUUUGGGUAGUUAUUUCCCCAAACCCUCGCUGUGAUAUUCUUCACGCUCCGCGUAGCCCCGCCAGCCUCCCCCCCUCCUCAGGCAGCCG